UUCAGAAAAUAAAUAUUUAUUAAAAACUCGUAUAAGUGGUUCUUAAAAAUAAUAAUAAUAAUAAUUUUCAGGCACGCAAAAUAAACAAGAUUUGCACAGAAAUUUCCAAUCAGUCUCUGUGCAUCAUCAAAUUUACUUCUAAGUCUCUUCCUUUGUCUCUUAGUUACCGUUUCUCCUUCCUUUAUCCUCCUCCACACUUUACUUUUCUUGCUCUCCAUAACACGCAAACUUCAGUACGACAACGGCGUUCACUCAAGAAAGAUGAUUGUCGAAUUCUGCAUUACCGGUGCGUUCACCGGACUCAUCGCGCUAGUUUACUUUGGAUUUUUUCACAAAAUCGCCUGGAUACGAGAUUUAACGGUUACAACUCCAAAAUCUUCAAGUCUAAUGGUAAAGUACAGAAUCAACAUAAACCAAACUAUUAAAAAUUUGCCACCAGUUUACCCGAAUGGUUGGUUUGGCCUGCUUGACAGUCGCAAAUUAAAAAAUGGCCAAGUAGAACAUGUAGCGGCGCUUGGUCAAAACUUUGCAGUUUUCAGAACCGAAAGCGGCGUAGCUCGAGUCAUAGAUGCCUUUUGUCCGCAUUUAGGAGCUAAUAUGGCUGAAGGAGGCAAAGUUAUAGGAGAAGAACUAGAAUGUCAUUUUCACAGCUGGCGUUUUUGCGGAGAAUCUGGAAAAUGUACGACUAUUCCAUAUAGCAAAACUGUACCACCUAAUAUAAAGGUCAAAGUAUGGGAAUGCGUUGAAGUAAACGGAGUAAUCUUUGUAUGGCAUCAUGCAGAAAACGUUUCACCCUAUUGGUGGCCAGAGCAGGAAGAAAAAAUUGCGAAAUAUAAAUUGCAAUAUCAAGGACAAAAUGAAUUUUACAUCAACUGUCACAUUCAGGAUAUUCCUGAAAACGGUUCAGAUUGGGCCCACUUAGGUGCAAUACACAGUUCAGCUAUGCUGCCAACGGACAUGUUCUCAGGGAUGAUGCACCACACGUGGACCAACAUAUCCUGGUCAACAAAGUCGGGUAUCUUUCAGAAUGAAACACCUGAUUCGUCCUUUUCAGAUCAAGAAAAAAAAGAGAAACAUAUUGCUCAAAUUACUCUCCAACAUACCCUCGUUCUCUUCAACAAGUUCCCUAUCCUGCAACUCAAAGUACAAGCUCGACAGCUAGGCCCCGGUUGUGUUGAGAUCCACUUACAAAGCGGUUUUGGGCCCAUGUUCAUAGUGCAGACAGUCACUCCAGUGCAGCCACUUAUUCAUCGAGUCACGCAUUCAAUGUAUGCUCCCAGAUAUAUGUCUCCGUACUCAAAAAUCGUCUUGAUAGGUGAAAGUAUCAUGUUUGAAAGGGACGUACUAGUGUGGAACCAUAAGAAGUAUAUGCAUAAGCCUAUACUGCUUAGUGAAGAGAAGACAAUCAAGGCUUAUCGUCGGUGGUAUCAGCAAUUCUACUCAGAGAACAGUCCAACGUACGAAUCGUGCAAGACCUCUUUGGAAUGGUAGAAUAGUACAUUACGACACUUGCUUCGCUCGGGCGUUUAUGCACGCCGGGCCAUAAAGUGCGACUUAUUUCAUGUGUAUCCUAGAAUUAAUCCUCUGUCACGCUUAUCCGUGGAAUUAGUAGUCCAUUUUGGCAGCGUGAAGUUAAUGGAUAAGUAGUCCUUUUUUGCAUCGAUUAUCACCGUGCAAAAAAGGGCUAAACUUGAUAAACGUGACAUAAAUGAGUAUUUAUUCUGCGCAGUGCUAUAAAAUCGUAUUAAAUACGUCUAACGAUUGUCACAAGAAGAUCGGCAAAGAUGGCAGACACCGUGACGUAAACAGUUAUAAUUUCUGUAAGUUUGUUCAAAAGAAUGAAGUCAGUGAAACUGUUUUGGUUGAGUGACGCAUUCUCUGUAUCUUUAAUUAAUGUAUGAUGACUCCCAAAAAUUAUUGCUGAUUUAACCAAAAAGCCAUUUUUUUAAGGUAUACAGUUGACUCGUAAAUAUUUUUUUUUCAUUUAAAAAUUCGGCAUGUACAUACAAAUUAUUUUGAUGGUGAUAAGACGUGUAAAACAAUUUAAGGUAUUAUAUUUUAUCGAUUUUGAUUUUA